AUGGCGGCAGGAAGUACAAAUCUUACCGCAAAUGGUCGUUAUCAGGCUGCACUUACUAAGCCAGUAGCACAAAGGUGUAGAGAAUUGGAACGGCUCAUCAAUGAUGCCAGUAACAAGGAGCUACAUUGUAUAUUCCCAUCCCUGAUUGAGAAUAUUUUUGGAUUCAACAAUCUUCCCGGGUGGGGCAUCAACAAACUGAACCGUUAUCAUGGUGACUUCACCCCAAUACAGCAGUUCCUGCACCCCAGGGGCGUUUUGAUGACACUUGUGUACAAGCUUUAUCAAGAAGAUGCUUACAGAUAUGAGUUUCCAGUUAACAUACUACCAUACCCUUCAAGGCAGAUGAUUCAAGAUGGAGGAAUUCCAAUGCUGUAUGUGAAUAAACUGCAGUUCCAACCACAUGGCGCACCCUGUAGUCAUUUGACACUUAAUGCCUUUGAGUUCUUCAUGUUCCACUUCGCUUACUUCUUAGUGAACCCUCAACACCAGAAGGUUGGUAUAAACAAUGAUGGUCUCCAUCCUGUAAUAGUCCUGGAAUAUCUGGACUACUUUCUUCCAAUGGAUGGCAAACAUCUACCCCCCAUGCCAGUGUUUGCUUCACCUGUAAGAAGUCCUAUUGUGCAUCAGUCUCCCAUAUCCUUGCAUCAACAUCACAGUCACACACCAAGGAAAUCCCCGCAAUCCUACAAUCGUGGGUCUCCUAGCAACACCCCAAGGGUGGUAGGAUUACUUAAAACAGCAAACACGUCACUCCAGAAGUCUAUGUCACAGCAAAAUGCUUCCAUUGUGGAUACAUCAGACAGAGAAACCUGGCGCUCUGAGACUAUGGUCCAGAUAUUUGUUGAAUUUUGGUUGAACCAGAACUCAUUGGAGAUUGAAAAGAAUGCUAUCAUGCAGCAGCAUACACACAACUUUGUUCCGUCCAUAGACCAUGUGAAGAUUGUUCGGAUGUUUGUUAAACAGCUGCAUUAUUUCGCAAGUUCAGCGCCAUCUAAUGUGCCCACAUCUCCAUACCAACAACACACAGAGACACCUUUUGAGGAGUUCAAAAAGAAUAUCAUAUCACAGUAUGUAGAAAAGAAAAUGUAUGCAUUUUUACGGCAUGGAUUUGACAGAUGGCCACUGGACUCAUCAUUUAGAAAUAUGUUAGAGACGUGGCUCAGCUAUAUUCAACCAUGGCGAUACGCAGAUAGAUUCAUAGAUGGCACUGUUAAUCUUCCAACAAGUCGCACUGACUCUGAGCAAAAGGAGAAAAAUGUGGACCCCAUUUGGUUGCCAUUUAUUGUAGAAAACCUAUUGUUCUUCACGACGCUGUACCAAGAGUUCAUUAGCCGUGCAUUCAGGAUGGAUCUGACAUCUCCCCGCAAUGCAUAUAUGCUCUUUAGAGUUGCUAAAGUCUUCAACCAGGGAAAUCUUAGAGACAUGAUGGAAGAUGCUGAGAUGCUGAUGUUCGAGCCUGCGAUGUCCUCCCCUGGAUCCUCACGUCAUAUGACAUCAGCUGACAUUGGGGCGAGUUACAUUGCUCCCAGUACAUCAAAUAUGGCCACCAAUCUACAGCUUCAUUUUAUGGAGCUAGAAGGCCCUGGUUUCUUAUACAAGCCUUUCUUUACAGAGGAUAUGAGAAAAUCAACUCAGCAAUUACUGAAUGUCAUUGCUCAGGCAAGAACAACUUUAAGUACAAUAGAGAAGACUACAGACAGUGGUGGGAUUCUAAGUUGGCUAGGUCUAGGUCCAAUGGUCGAAUACAACCAAGGCACAAAUGGUGAUGACUAUACAGCCAUUGAUGGCAAAAAGACAGAGGCACAUUUAGAUAGUGCUCAAGUCAUGCUGUGUAAUAUAUUCAGGAUGGAACCACCAGCUAACAUACAGUCCACGUUAUCUCAAGCAGACGAUAGUUUGAUAGAAAAACUUGACACAGUGCCAGAUUACAUUAAUACAGAUUCAGGGCCACAGUUAACACAGCUUGGCCGGUACCAGCUAAUGAAUGGUUUGAGGAGGUUCCCAGUAGACUACCAAGGUGACCUUGACCUUCAACCAGUCAGGACAUACGAGAAUGCAACUCUGGUCCGCUUGCUGUACAAACUCACUUCAUUUAUAAAUAGUAGGUUUUCUGAUGAAAUCCACAAUCUGUAUCAGCGGGAUGAUUUUGUUGGUCGAGUGGCAUUCCAGUAUAUUUCCCCACCAAGACAAAGACCUACCAAUCAUGACCUCACAAUUUCUCCACCAAUCAGAAGAGAACAAUAUGAAUAUAAUCAAAGACCGCGUGUGUCAUUGCGAUCUCUAGCAAACUAUAGGAAUCUAAUAUUCCUGAUUAUAGUGUACUGUGUGUUUUACAUUUGGAGAGGUACCGGACCAUUUGGCUACACUCUGUUCAUAGUUGGUGUUGUAUUUGUGUACUCUCUGUUCAAAGCACUUGUGUACAGUCGGAAUAAAUUGAAACAGUGCUGAUGAAAGGUUAAACAGUGAUGGUGGAUUAUUAAACAG